ACCUUAUUCUAAAAUCAGCUUCUGUUCCAGGUUGAAAAUGUCGUUAGGUCUUGUUAUGUACGACAGCUCUAGUGAUGAGGAUGAAACAACGGAGAUGGGAGGAGUAAAGUGCGUUGUUUCGAGCCAUAAGCGGAAGAUCCUCGCUCCUAUGAGGGGAGUGGAUUCUGAUGAGGAAGAACUGUCAUUAAAAAUGAAGAAAAAAGAUGUUGCUCCUAAAGUUGGAUUGUUCGCGAAACUCCCGGCUCCCAGGAACACGAUCGGGAGCGGGAAACAAACAGAACGACCUCUCAUCCCUCAUGUCUUCCGGAGAAAAGAAGAAAUCAAGAAGAAGGCACCGGUUGAGGUGAAAACGAUUAAAAAAAAGAGAAUUGAAGAAGAAAGCGAAUCAGAAACAGAAGAAGAGUCGGUUUCCUUUUUUUCUUUUGUUGACAAAAAAGAAAAAGAAGAGGAAUCGACUCCUGAUGUUGACGUACCUUCCCCUACUAAAGUGUUGCCUAGUGUUGACAGCAAUCCAGAGUUACCUGAUAUUCCGGUUGAAGCUCCAGCAGCUCCUGUGGAGAUCCAACAAGUUGACAAACAUGAUGAACAAGCUUCAACAGCAAUUCCUGAAAAUUUCCAAAAAGACGAAAGUUUUUUGAGAAUCCAAGGCAAAAAGUUUCGCAACGAAAAAAUAGAAUUUGUUGAUUACAACGCAGACUCAGUUCUCGCAGGGAAUAAAGAACUUCUGUUAAAAUCGAUUUCAGAAGAAAAGAAUCUAAACCGACAAUCGCAUAGCAAGAAAAACAGUAACCAGCCUUCAGCGACGCAAAAACGUAAAUCCCAGCUUACCUAUUUGAUCCACCAAGCACAAGAACGAGAAAUAGAGCUGAAAAAUGCUUGGGCGGCUGGCAGGGCUUCCAGGCAAGCUACAAGGAACAAAUACGGAUUUUGAUUUAAAUUUUUUAAUUAUUUAUCAAAACUUUUGUUUUCCUUAGCUUUUCUUGUUUGAAUUAAUUUAAAUCAUAGGCGCCACUAUUUUAUAGUAAAAUCUUGGGGCUACCUUGUUACAAUACAGUUAUAUUAGUAAAUCCAAAAGUAAUCGUGGGUCUGUCACACCCUGAUUAUCGUAUUUUAUAUGUUUAAUAUAAACUGCCCAUGAUUCUCUGUGUUGGUGUCAACUGCAAACCAUGCCUCAAUUAGCUUAAUGUUUAUUACAGUGCAUGUAUUUUCUGUAGUUAAUGGUUUAUAUUUACAAAAAUAACCUUUUAAUAUUGUACUGGAAAUCUGAGACUUACUCAUUACAGUUGCUUUGCACUGUUUAAGCAUUUGUAUUAAACCAUCACACAUGAACUCACAAAUAUUUAAUGCAAGUUGCCAAGACUUGUUCGAAGACCAAGUUAAACUCUCCUUCAUAAUAUUUUUACCAACUUUUA